ACUCUGCAAAUCAGUUUGAUAAAUAAUGAAUAUCAUAUCCAUUGUUCUGUUGUUAUGGCACAUAAUAAUACUAAGUUGUUGCUAUGGAGCUGCAACAACUAGUGCAGCAUCAUGGCCAAUAGCAAAGCCUAAUUGCACAACGCAUUGUGGAGAUGUUGCCAUCCCAUACCCUUUCGGGAUUGGACCUAGCAAAGAUUGUUACUUGGAUAAAUGGUUUCAAAUAGACUGCAGGCACAACAACUCUACAACCUCAGCUAAUUACAGCAGGCAAGUGCCUUUCCUCAAGAGCGUCAACCUGGAGCUGCUAAGUAUUUUUCCGUUUGAAGAUCGCAGAAAAUCGGUUCGGGUUAAGAACCCUAUUACUUUCUUCAGCUGCGAGGGAAAGGAAACUCGCCAACCCCAGAAUUUGAAGGCCAGUCCUUUCUUUUACGCUCGGACAUACAACAUAUUCAUUGCAGUGAGUUGUGACCUCUUUGCCACUGUGAACUCCGAUAAUGCGAUUGUCGCUGGUUGCGUGUCGAUUUGUCAAAACAAUACAAACGGCGACAAUGGAAACUGCUAUGAAGGUAUUGGCUGUUGCAUAUCUAGUCAGUAUGCAUAUGAACUCAUGACCAAUUUUAGUAUUGAGAUAUCAUCAAAUUCAUCAAAAAUGUCAGAUCCAAUGGGCGAUUGCAAGUACGCAUUUUUGGUUGAGGAAGAUUGGUUUGCGAAUAACUUAACGAAUUUUCAAGACCUGAAGGAUAUGGGCAGCGUUCCUGUGGUGCUAGAUUGGAUGUUAAACGAACAUGACUAUGCUGAAAGAUUCAGAGAAAAACCAGACCUGACUGGUAACCAAUCAACACCCAGUUGCAACAGCAAUAGUGAUUUGACUUAUCGGUACAAUCGGGGCUCGAUCAUUUGUAGAUGUCCGCCGGGCACGGAAGGAAAUCCUUAUCUUCUCCAACCUUGUCAAGAUAUUGAUGAAUGCAAAGGCAGUAAUGAGUGUCGAGGCGAUGUAUGUGAGAAUUUGGUUGGGGGUUAUAGCUGCUACUCAAUUAUAGAUGGCCGGAGAUGUACGUAUUUCGGUACGUAUACCAAUAUUACCUGUGAUGAUGACUUCAGAACCACAUCGGAUCGGGCGUCUGAAAGUGAAAUCAAAACUACUAUUAUUUUAGGUCUUGGCUCCAGUGUUGGGCUAGUGUUACUACUCAUUGGUGCACGGUGGGUACACAAAAUCGUGAAGAAAAGGAAAACCACUGCAUCCAAGAAAAUAUUUUUCAAACGAAAUGGUGGUUUAUUGUUACAGCAACAGUUAUCGUCAGGCAAAGUUAAUGUUGACAAAAUCAAGUUAUUCAAUUCAAAAGAAUUAGAAAAGGCCACCGACAAUUUUAGUAUUGAUAGAAUUCUUGGUCAGGGAGGUCAAGGUACCGUUUACAAAGGCAUGUUGGCGGAUGGAACAAUUGUUGCGAUAAAGAAGUCCAAAAUGGUGGACACAAGCAAACUCUCGGAAUUCAUCAAUGAGGUUGUAAUUCUUUCUCAACUCAACCACAGAAAUGUGGUUCAAAUUAUGGGUUGUUGUUUAGAGACCCAAGUUCCACUUUUGGUCUACGGAUUCAUACCGAAUGGAACUCUUUCUCAAUAUAUCCAAGACCAGAUUGAGGAAUUCCCACUCACAUGGGACAUGCGGUUGCAAAUUGCCACAGAAGUUGCAGGAGCUCUUUCGUACUUACAUGGAGCAGCUUCGGUUCCCAUUUAUCACAGAGACAUCAAGUCUGCCAACAUACUUUUGGAUAGAAAAUACAGAGCAAAAAUUGCUGAUUUUGGAACUUCAAGAUCAAUUUCCAUUGACCAAACUCAUCUAACCACACGUGUACAUGGAACAUUUGGUUACUUGGACCCAGAGUACUUUCAAUCAAGCCAAUUUACGGAGAAAAGUGACGUCUAUAGCUUCGGAGUGGUCCUAGUUGAGCUCUUGACGGGGCAAAAACCAAUUUCUGCAGUAACAGGGUCAGAAGAAGAAGAAUACAGAAGUCUUGCCACAUAUUUCAUUAACUCGAUGCAAGAAGAUCGUCUGUUUAACAUUGUUGAUGCUCGAGUUCUGAAGGAGGGAUCUGAAACCGAAAUCCAGGUAGUCGCUAACCUUGCAAGGAGAUGCUUGAAUUUUAACGGAAGAAACCGUCCUGCAAUGAGAGAGGUUACAUCAGAGCUAGAGGCUGUACAAAUGUCAAGGAAACCUUCCAUUAGUGCUGAUCAGCAAAAUUCUGAAGGGGUUGAUUUUGUGGAAGAUGAUUCAGUUGGGCAUUGGGAUGUUGAAUCACUUUCAGAAGUGUCGGCUAGCUACUAAAAACAUGGGUUU